AUGUAUAUAAUAAUUGCAUUAGGAAUUAUACUCUCAUUGUGUUUCAUCAUUCAGCUAACGAAGAUUAAUCCUGGCAAAAAGUUCUUUCUAAUAGAUAUAUUUUUGGUAGUAUUAGUAGGAAUGAUAAUGUAUGAUGAGUCAAUUUACAAAUUUAAUGAUUUCGCAGAGUAAUUGCAAAUUGCAUUCCAAAAACAAUAUCCUAUUGAAUAUAAAUUGGAUGAACUGAUACAGAAAAACAACUUACAAAAUCACUCAUUUCAUUUAUAUUAUGGGAUGCCUUCAGAGGGAAUUUCAACCUUCUUCAAAUUUGUGAUCAAUAAAUCGUUAAAAGAAAAGAAGUAAGCCAUCUAUAUAGACAUUCAAUCUGAAGUGCAAACAUAAGAGCAGGCCUUGUAACUUUUUAAGGCUCCAAACUUGAAUGAAUUGAUUCUAUUCACAAAAAUAAAACCAACGAUAAUUGCCAUCGAUAAUCUAGAUUUAUCCCUAACUAAGAAAUAAUGCUAUAUUUGUCAAAUCUUAAGCAGUCUACAUUAAUUUAAUUCAACUACUAUUAUAGCAAGUGCCAAGAAUCUAAAGAAACUUAAUUUAAUGCUAGAUGAUUAUAAUAUUAAUGUAAUGGAGAUCAAGUAAUAUCAACAUGGGAGAUAAAACAAUUUCAGAUUUGAUUGGUAUGAACAAUCAUUGAAAAACAAUAAAAGAUAUGAAGACUUUGUGCUACAAAAACAAAGGGAAUUUGUUUCAGAACUUAAUGAGAAUGAAUUGCAAUUGAUGAAGACUAUCAGAAAUUAGAUGUGCAAAGUUAAAUGCGAAAAUUAAGAAGUCAGAUUGGAUGAUGUAACUUAUCAAUUUGGAGAUUUAAAGAAUUUGGUUGAUAAAAAUAUUGUAAUAGCUACUUUUGGAUAGUUGAAAUUUUAUAAUAGCUUUAUAUUUGAUUCAUUAUCGAAUUUAUGA